CUUUGAAUUUUUCCACCUGUUCCAUCACUUCUCAGUGAAAGCAACAUCAUGUCUGACAAGGAGCCUCUUAAAGAAAAUUCUGAGCUCAACCUGGACGGGUUUAUACAGCACUGCUUUAAACGCUACAAGCUUAGAGAGAGGCAUCCAAAGGCUUUCUUGAAACUGAAACCGAGUCGAUUUGGACCAGCUCCGCCUAGAUGUCGCAUUCUUAUUCCCCCGCCUAUGGAAGGGGUGUCUUUUCCCAGAGCCAAACUACUGUUACCUGAACGUUUGGAUCAAAAGCAGGAAACAUUUGCUGUCAAAGAAGAACUUAAGGAAGUUGCUAAGAUUCCUACAGAGGAAGAUGAAGUCAGAGAACUGGGAGCUUGGAUUGAAGAGAGGAAGAAGUUCCAGAAUCUGCUGAACAAAUGUGCAGAUGUUGAGUCGUGGCUGAUGGGAAAAGAAUACAACAGUGAGCAGGAAGUCAAAGUGCUGAGAAAAAUCAGAGAGUCCAGAAAACUGAAGAAGGCCCAGGUGAAAGCCCAGUUAACUGCUACCAGCAGCAUUGAGCAACUGCUGCCAGUGAGGAAGCCAAAAAGAAUCAUCCCUCUCAUCAAAUCUCCAUAUCCGGAGUCUCUCAUUAACCUGCAAAAUCUUUUGCACAAGCAAAAACUCAAGCUGGUGGAUGUAUUCAACAAAGAAGAUCGAACCAAGUCCAUGAAGUUCAGAAGAGCAGAUUUCAUCAGAGUUAUUGAAGGGACCAAGGUGCCUAUCAGUAAAAAUGACUUGGAGGAUGUGGUCAUCUACCUCACAUCCAUGAAGAAAGGGAAUUAUAUAACCAACAGUGAUCUGAUGGAAUGUCAGAGACUAUGGAUGGACUACCUAAAGGAGCAAUGGAAACAUCCCAAAGAAGCCAAACCAGAAGAUCUUCUACCUACUGAUCAAAAAGUUGGUCCUGGAAAUACAAAGUGGCUUUCAUCAGGUUAUAGCAAGUCUAAAAUUGUAACAUCUCAGAAACGUAAAUCAAACCACUUGGAAGUUCCCCCCAUCAACACUGAACUGGACCGUAUGCAUCUAUCUUAUAUUAAAAUGGAAGAGGUUGGGAAGAGAUACAGAGAAGUCAGACGUCAGCGAAAGAGGAAGAUAAACCCCUUAGAAUGGGCAGAAAAUUGUAGAGUGGUGAAGUCUGGAGACCCCGUUGUGGAUCGUCAUUGCAUGCCAAGCACUGUCACAGGUGACAUGGGAGAACUGGUGGACCAGCAUCGGAUGGCUUGCCAUCUGGCCUGGUUUCAGUGCGUCAAGCUUUGUGAACAAUAUGGAGUUCCACUUACUGAAAAACUGCUGAAAAGAGCUCUUCUUUACCCAGGGGAUAAACUAUUAAGUUAUGGGGGUACCAGGCAAAAGAUAAGACAGCCAGGAGGAUAUUAUGAAGCUUGGGACCGACGAAGAUCAGUGAGUGAGUCAGUGAGUGAACUGGAAGAACAGCCAAAAAGCCCUUCCAGGGAAAAAGAAAGGUUUGUUCUUCCUGUAUUUCCAACAGCACAAGAAUCCUUUGGAAUUCCCUGGCUGGAAUAUCGUUAUUAUGACCAAAAGCUUGUCUUUGUUAUUCAUGGAUUUUCCACAGAGCAUCAUUGGGAAGCUUCUAGAACAGAAAUGUUAAACUUGGCAGGAAAGUCUUUUCCUCUCAGGAGAGCAGAGAUGCUGAAAACACCAGAAAAGGCAGGGCUGGCACCAUCCCACUCGAUUCUUUUUUGGCCAUUAGAGCAAGAGCCAGAGCCUAAAAAGCGAGAGCGGGAGGAAAAGCCCAUAUGGGGCCGCUGGAGGUCCUACUCGGAGUUUAGGAACCUAAUGAGACGACACUCAAAAAGGCUGCAGCUUGCUGCACAAAAUCUUUGGGAUGAAAAGUCCGUUGAAAGUAUAUCUGAGUCACAAGUACAGUUUGAAAACCGAUUCAUUGAAAGGGAGAUGCGAAAAAUGUUCGGCUUCCUCAAUCCCAAGACUGAUGCCAACAGCUUCUGGCCAGGACAUCUUCUAGACAAACUGCGGCUUUACCUACCCCAGAUGGAACAUGAUGGAGAAGCUCUGUUCAGCCAUGUUACUCGUACAUGCCCUGUCUAUCCUGCCAUUUAUCAUCCUCACCGCAACUGGCCAGUCAGUGAGCAGAAGUUUGUGACCUAUGGUAAUCCAGAUUCCCAAAAGAACUAUUAUUAUAUUUGACGCUGUUCUGAGGAGAAACUGUUGCACAGCACUAACAUUUUAUGAACUGUU